AAUUGACAGCUUGGAAGAGUUCAAAGUACUUUUUAUCAUUGUUUUGUUUUCGUUAACUUUUAGUUAAAUUACGUAGCAUUUAAUUAAAUUAAUUAGUGAUCAUGUUGAGUGUUCUGGCCAAAUCGGUUCCGGCAUUAGCUCCUAUCCGUAAUUCAAGAUGCAUAGCUUCGCUGUCAGCUCUGUCCGACACAUACCAAAUGCUCCAGAAGACGUGCCGGGACUUUGCAGAGGGGGAACUUAAACCUAACGCAGCUAAAUUUGAUCGUGAGCACUUAUACCCUGGAGAUGCCAUAAAGAAGAUGGGUGACUUAGGUCUCAUGGCCAUAGCGACGCCAGAAGAGCUUGGCGGGGCAGGGUUGGACUACCUGGCGUAUGCUAUAGCGCUGGAGGAGAUAUCCCGAGGGUGUGCGUCGGCGGGCGUCAUCAUGUCGGUCAAUAAUUCCUUAUAUCUGGGGCCUGUGGUGCACUUUGGCAAUGACAAACAGAAGCAGGAGUUUGCAACUCCAUUCUGUACUGGUGAUCCUGUGGGCUGUUUUGCUCUAUCAGAGCCAGGAAAUGGGUCUGAUGCUGGUGCAGCAUCAACAAUGGCCAAAGACGGUGGAGACAAAUGGGUCUUAAACGGAACCAAAUGCUGGAUAACCAAUGGAUACGAGAGCAAAGCCUCAGUUGUGUUCGCUACCACAGACAAGAGUCUUAAACACAAAGGGAUUUCUGCAUUUUUAGUACCAAAGCCUACCAAGGGCUUAGAUUUAGGGAAAAAGGAAGACAAAUUAGGUAUCCGGGGGUCAUCAACAUGCUCUUUAAUAUUUGAGGACUGUGAGAUCCCGAAGGAGAAUAUACUUGGCAAACCAGGCAUGGGAUUCAAGAUUGCCAUGAUGACUUUGGAUGCUGGGAGGAUUGGUAUUGCUUCCCAGGCUUUAGGUAUUGCUCAAGCAUCCCUAGACGUGGCCAUAGAAUACGCAUCAAAACGCAUGGCAUUCGGCAAGCCUAUAAUGAAGCUGCAAGCCAUCCAAAGCAAGCUGUCGGACAUGGCGCUGCAGCUCGAGUCUGCGAGGCUGUUGACGUGGCGCGCGGCGUGGCUAAAGGACAAUAAGAAGCCGUAUACUAAGGAGGCGGCCAUGGCUAAACUUGCGGCAUCUGAAGCUGCGACGUUCUUGUCUCACCAGUGUAUACAGAUUCUUGGUGGCAUGGGAUAUGUAUCAGAUAUGCCAGCAGAGCGACAUUACAGAGAUGCCAGAAUCACCGAAAUAUAUGAGGGAACAUCCGAGAUACAGAGGCUCGUUAUAGCUGGGCAGCUCAUCAAAGAAUAUGGCCUUUGAACUAUCCUACCUCAAAACAAAUAGUCAUAGAAACGUGGUGAGACCCAUGACGUCAUAAUGUAUGUGUUCAGAAAGUACCAUUUUAGUGACAACUUUGUUUUUAAAAGUUGUCAAGUAAUUAUACAUAAUUUGCACAA